UAAAAGCAUAAAAGCUCUAUGUGUUAUAUUCACGAUCGCGACAGACACGGCUGACAAUCCGGAACGUUCGAGUGAAUGCACUGCAAUGCUAUAAAUACGAGCUGCCACUUGACUGCGAUUUACUUCCAACUGCCUCCAAGCCCAUUGUCGACGGAACCGCGGAUAACACACUGAAGACACCUGCUAUGUACGCGUACGGGCCGUUGCUGUGCCUUUUCCCCAUGGCCGUGGUCAGUAUCGUGGUAAAAGACUCGCCACAACCAAACGAAUACAAAUAUUCAUAUGAAAUUGAAGACCCAACUACCGGCGACACCAAGAGCCAGCACGAGGUGCGGCGCGGAGACGUGGUCAGCGGCUCCUACUCCGUCGUCGACCCGGACGGGACCCGGCGAACUGUCAAGUACACUGCGGAUCCGAAACACGGCUUCACAGCUGUCAUUCACAGGGAGGCAGCCGCCACACCGCCUCCACCGCAGUCGUACGCUUAUCAGGACAUCGAGCCUCAAUAUCGCGUCCCACCGCCGUACGACAACGACGAUCUCGUUGUGAAAUCCCCGCCGCCUAUUGGACCGGUUCUUUAUACCAAACUGUACAACAAAUUGUCGUACCCUAAAACAAAUUACGAAGACAAACCGGCCUUCUAUUUCACUCCUGCGAAUGAAAUCAAAUCUGACCGUGAGAGUUUCGCACAAGGACAGUACUUUCAGCCGGCUACCGGUUUUAAAUACUAUAAUUAGAUUAAUUAGUAUACCUACCGAUGUACCU